GCUGGUAAUCCAAUACCGAAAAUUUAUUGGUUUAAAAAUGGACAACCAAUCAAGCAAAUGGAAAAUAAAUGUCAAAUUAGUUAUGAAAAUAAUUUGGUAAGGUUACAUUUGAAAAAUCUGCUGAAUGAAGAUGCAGGUAGUUAUACAAUAUUGGCUGAAAAUAAAUUCGGUUCAGCAACUUUCUCGAUAAAUUUAAAUGUACAUUACAUUAUUGAGGAUGUACAAAACGUUAAAUCAAAACCAAUGUCGAAAACAAUCGAUGGUUCCGGUACGGCUAUUUCUACUCAGCAACAAACAACGAUGACGACCAUUUCAACACAACAACAACGAUCAACUACAUCAAGAAGAAGUGCGGAUAAAGAUGAACAAUUACCGACCGUUUCGGGUAUACGUCCAAAUUUUUAUCUUAUACCAUAUGAUAUGGAAGCAAUGGAAAAUCAAAUCGUACGAUUUGAAUUACGUGUUAGUGGUCGUCCGGAACCAGAAAUAUUAUGGUUUAAAGAUGAUCAAAAACAAAUAUUUGAUUGUGAACAUUUUAAAUUGGUUGUAAAUGAAGAAGGUAGUCAUGCAUUAUUAAUAAUGGGUGCUGAUCCAGAAGAUUCUGGUGUUUAUAAAUGUAUUGCACGUAAUCAGAAUGGACAAUCAUCAUUUACCGUACGGUUAUUAGUAUUGGAAAAAGAACCAACCGUAUCACCGAAAUUUGUAGAAAGAUUUCAAAAUACAACAAUAAAAUCCGGUGAAUCGAUUGUAUUUUAUUGUCGUGCUGUCGGAACACCACCGCCACAAUUAACAUGGCAAAAAGAUGGUAUACAAAUUGAUCCGAAUCCACCAGCGAUUGAAAUUCAUACUGAUCAAUGUUCAUCAACACUUUAUUUGAAUAAUGUACAUGUAAGAGAUUCUGGUUGGUAUCAAUGUACUGCACAGAAUCCAGGUGGAACUGUUGCUACACGUGCCCGUUUGAAUGUUGAAUCGGAUCAGAAAUCCUUACAACAACAAGGUGAACCAUUGAAAUUAAAUAUACCGAAAACACAUCGUAGAAUUGAAUUGGAAUCUGGACAACAAUCCGAAACAAUUAUCUUACGUCAUGUACAACGUUAUUAUGAAGAAAUUCCACCUGAACAACGAGAUUUUAUUACAUAUGAAGAACAUAAAACUAAACCAAUAUUUGCAACACAUUUACAUGAUUUAUUUCUACGUAAAGGUAUGACUGGUCAUUUUGAAGCAUAUCUGAAAGCAUCUGAUUAUACAAAUAUGAAAAUUGAAUGGUAUUUGAAUGAUAAAUUGCUAGAAAACAAUGAAAGAUUUAUAAUUACGGAUAAAUAUGGUUAUAUUGCAUUGACAAUAUUGAAUGUACAACCAGAAGAUUCUGGGAUUUUAACAUGUAAAGUAUCAAAUCAAUAUGGUGAUGCACAAACAUCGGCUACAUUGAAAUGUGCUGAUGUUCCGCCGCAGAAGCAGGCGCAACGAUCGCAGCCGCAAACACAACCGCAAUCAACAAAGAAGCAAGAAUCGCCAAAAGAAGUACAAAAAGAUGUUGAAAAAAAGAAGAAAGAAGAAGAAGAAUAUAGACAAAAAUAUGAACAAAUUGAAGAUUCAGAAUAUUAUAGUUAUCAAAAAGAAAUUGAAGAAUCAUACCGAAAAAUUGCACCACAUUUUAUACAACCAUUACAAUCAUCGAUUAUAACAACUGAAGGUGCUACAAUACUAUUAGAAGCACAAAUAACACCUGUAAAUGAUCCAAAUAUGCGUAUAGAAUGGUUCGUAAAUGGACAACCAUUACAUAAUAAUGAAAGAAUAAAUUCAAAAUUUAAUUUUGGUUAUAUUUCAUUAUCGAUUAUUGAUUUAAAACAAUCGGAUAAUGGUGUUUAUAUGGUUAAAGCGAUUAAUGGUGUUAAUGAAGCUAUUUCAACAUCAUCCAUACAUGUUAAUCCAGUUCAACCACCACCGAUGAUCACGAAAAAACAUCCACCACCCGAAGAAUUGGAAGAAUUGAAACAAACAAUCCAGGAAACAUCGACAACGACAACCGCAACAACAAGUAAAAUUCGUAAACAUACCCGAGAGGAAAAUGUUUAUAGUCCAACAGCACAACAACAACAACAACAAAUUUAUCAACAACAACAACAACGACGACCAUAUUUUAAAAAACAUUUUCAAAAUUUAAUUGAAACAUUUUCCGGACCGGAACAAACUAUACGUUUUGAAGCAUUGAUUGAACCGAAUGAUGAUCCAAAUUUAGAAAUUUAUCUGUUAAAAAAUGAACAAAUAAUUAAACCAGAAACAAGAAUACAAAUUCUUUAUAAUCGUGGUUUAUUAUCAAUUUGUAUAACGGAUUUAACCAUACAAGAUUCGGGUGUUUAUAAAUGUUUACUAAAAAAUUCAUUAGGACAAGCUGAAACGAUUGGCGAACUAAGGGUUAAAGAACCGAUCCGGAUGGAUGAUCAAUUUGUUGAAUAUCAACAGCAGCAAGUUAGAAAGGAAUUAUUCGCAGCAACAAAACCAGAACUAGAACAACCAGGACAAUUUCAACAAUCACCACCGAUUCAAACCAGACAACCACCAAUAAAAUCAGUAGCCGUUCCUAAAAUUACAGGUGUCGGUGGCAUGGCACCAAUAUUUCGUAUACCAUUACAAAUACCACCAUUAAUGUAUAGUGAAGGUGAAAAUAUUUAUAUGGAAGCAUUUAUUGAACCGGUUAAUGAUCCUAAUUUAAAAAUUGAAUGGUAUCAUAAUACAAUACCGAUAAUAUUCACAGAAAGAUAUCAUACAAAAUUUGAUUUUGGUUGUAUAUCGAUGAUGAUUGAAUCGGUUAAUCUUGGUGAUGGUGGUGAAUAUACAUGUAUUGUACGUAAUCAUUAUGGUCAGGCAGUCUCGACGGCAAAUGUAUCGAUUGUACGUAUACCCGGUAUGAUGGAACAGCAACCACCGAUUCCAGCGCCACCACCAAGGCCAAAAUUACCUGUUCAAAUUACACCUGUGGCACCACCACCACCACCACCACCGCAACAAUCAUAUUUAGAUGAAAGUUAUCGUAGGCAAACUAAACAAGAAUGGUUUGAUACAACAACUACGACAACAACGAUGGAUCAUCAAAUUGUACCACAAAGAGCAUAUUAUCAGGAAAUUCAUCUACCACAAACAACAACAACAACAAAAUCAACAACAACAACAACAACACGAGAAAUAUAUCCAAAACCACGUUUUGUAACAAAAUUUAAUAAUGUAACCAUUGCUGAAGGUAAAACUGCUUGUAUUGAAAGUCGAGUGGAACCGGCAUUAGAUCCAAAUCUAAUAAUUGAUUGGUUUUUUAAUGGUAAACCAUUAACAGUUGGUAAUCGUUUUCAACCAUAUUAUCAUUUUGGUUAUGUUGUAUUGAAAAUUUUGAAAACACAACCAAAUGAUUCAGGUGAAUAUACAUGUCGUAUAUCAAAUGAAUCUGGUUUUGAUGAAAUGACAACCAGGAUUAUUUGUUAUGAAGAAAAUCUUGAUACGGAUAUUCAACAAUUUCAUGAACCUUUGGUAACAAAAUCUUCGAAACAUCGUGUCAUUGAUGAACAGAUUGAAUCAACAAAUCAACAAGCACCACGUAUAAAAUCCGGAAUGUUAAAAGAUAUACAAACAAUUGAAGGACAGAAAAUACAUCUGGAAUGUUAUAUACAACCAGCUGAUGAUCCUGAUUUGAUUGUUGAAUGGUUGAAAGAUGGUCAACCAUUACGAAAAGGUUCAAGAUUUAUUGAAAUAUGUGAUUUUGGUUAUGUUUGUUUGGAUAUACUUUCGGUUUAUCCUGAAGAUAGUGGUAGAUAUGAAUUAAAAUUAUCAAAUAAAUAUGGUGAAACAUCAACAUCAUGUUUGAUUUAUUGUCAACCAACUUCGAAUCUGGAUACAAGAUCAUUGAAUGAAAUUAGUAUGGAAAGCAUUCGGCGUUUGGAAAAACGUCAACAACAACGUUUUGAACAAGAACCUCGUAUAACUGAACGACCAAAAUUUUUACAACCAUUAAAAUCAUCAUAUGAUUGUAUUGAAAAUGAACGUGUUCAUUUCGAAACACGUUUAAUACCGAUUGGUGAUGAAACAAUGAUUGUUGAAUGGUAUCAAAAUGGUCAACCAUUACAAUCAUCAUCAAGAAUAUCAUUUAUAAAUGAUUUUGGUUAUAUAUCAUUAGAUAUUAAAGAAUUAACCCCAUAUGAUUCAGGUAUAUAUGAAUGUCGUGCACGUAAUUCGAAUGGUCAGGAUUCAAUUCAAACAAUAUUAUCGGUACGAGCUACGAAAACCAUUAUUAAUGAUACAAUACAUCCUGGUACAGUGGAAAAAUUCUCAUCGCUAGAAACGAAAACAUUUAAACGUAAAGAAUUUGAUGAUGAUAUGUCAGGACAAACACGGCCUUAUUUUGUACAACCGCUUAAAGGUACACGAAUUAUUGAAGAAGGAAUGUCUGCACAUUUUCAAUGUAUCAUUGAACCAAUACGUGAUGAAACAAUGAUAUUUGAAUGGUUUCAUAAUGGUCGACCAAUGCCAAUUGGUAAUCGUUAUCAUACAAUGUUUGAUUUUGGUUUUAUAACAUUAGAUAUAAUGAAAAUAACCGUAGAAGAUUCAGGUGAAUAUCGAUUACGUGUAUCGAAUCAUCUUGGUCAAAUUGAAGAUUCUAUUCAGCUAAAUGUUAUCAGCCAUGAUAAUAUACAAAUGAAAAGUCAACAACCAACUAGUUUGGAAAAAAUACAACAACUUGAACGACAACGAUCAAACAAGAAAAAGAAAAAAAUUGAAGAUGAUUAUGUUAUAAUUGAACAACCAAAAUUUGGACAAAAAUUACCCGAACAAAUUGAAUUGAUUGAAGGACAACCACUGUAUUUGGAAACAACAUUAUUACCAAUAAAUGAUUCUACAAUGAAAAUUGAUUGGUAUUUUAAUGGUGAUCUAUUAAAAAUUGGACAUCGUUUUCGUACAUUGAAUGAUUUUGGUUAUGUUUCCCUGCAAAUUCUAUAUGCUUAUCCUGAAGAUAGUGGCCGUUAUGAAUGUCGUGCACAAAAUGAUUUCGGUGAAGAUCAAAUCCAAUGUAAUGUUAUGGUUACAAGUAGAAAAAUUAUCGAUACAUCAACUAUACAUGAUGAAUCAUUGGCUAGAAUUCAACAAAUUGAACGUUAUCAUCAUCAUCAUGUUAGACGUGAUGAAAUUCAAUCUGAACAAACAUCAACAAUCAAACCGAAAAUUAUACGUCCAUUAAAUUCAACAUAUGAAUUGAAUGAAGGUGAUUCAAUUUGUUUAGAAUUGACUGUUGAACCUGUAAAUGAUUCAACAAUGUUAGUUGAAUGGUCACAUAAUGGUAUACCGAUUCGUAUUGGACAUCGUUUUGUUGUUAUUAAUGAAUUUGGUUAUAUCGCUCUAAGGAUUCUGUAUGUUUAUCCAGAAGAUUCUGGUACAUAUACUGUAAGAAUUUCAAAUGCAAUUGGUGAACAGAUUUCAUCAACAAACAUUCGGGUUACGGAAAAACAAAAUAUUAUCUAUGAUACGAUUCACCCGGAAGGAUUAGAACAAAUACAGCACUUAGAAAAACGAAUUAAACCAAAACUUUCUGGUGAUCUUGAUCAGCCAACAUCACCACCACAUUUUGUAACCAGAUUACGUGGUCCAACCAAACUGGUUGAAGGUGAUCAUUGUCAUUUUGAAUGUCAAAUUGAACCAAUUAAUGAUCCAAAUAUGAUUGUUGAAAUAUUGCAUAAUGAACAACCAUUAAAAAUUGGUUCACGUUAUCGAACCAUUUGUGAAUUUGGUUAUAUAGCAUUAGAUAUAUUAUCAGUUAACCCUGACGAUAGUGGCAGGUAUAAAUUUCUGAUUUCAAAUCAUUAUGGUAAAAUUGAAGAUGAAAAAUUCUUACAAAUUCAAUCAAUAAAAUCAAUACAAACGGAUACAAUGUAUGAAGAAACAAUGAAAAAAUUGAACGUUUUGGAACAAGGACAUCGUCCACCUGCAACAAUGCAUGAUGAAGAAAAAACCCACCAAAAACCAAUAUUCACACAACCAUUACAUAAUAUUUAUAACAUUCGUGAAGGAACAAAUGCACAUUUAGAAUGUCGCCUAAUACCGGUGAAUGAUCCAUCAAUGAAAAUUGAAUGGUAUAAAAAUGGUCAACCAUUACCAAGUAGUUCACGUUAUAAUUUUAUAAAUGAUUUUGGUUAUAUAUCAUUGGAUAUACAUAAAAUUGAAUCGAAAGAUUCAGGUAUUUAUACGGUAAAUGCAAAAAAUGAAUUAGGUGAAACAUGUACAUUGUGUACAUUGGAAGUACCGGAAGAAAAAUCUAUCAUAACCGAUACAACAAAUAUUGAAUCAUUGAAAACUAUUCAAUAUCUGGAGCGAACUGGUAGAACAUCCACAAUGAGAAUGGACGAACAACAACGAACAGAACGACCAAAUUUUUUCGUACCGAUUCGUGGUCCAAACAUUGUGAAUGAAAAUGAUCGUGUUUGUUUGGAAUGUCAAAUAACACCGAUUGGUGAUCAAACAAUGACAUAUAAAUGGUAUAAAAAUGGCCAAGAAUUACAACCAAGUUCACGUAUUGCAACAUCGAAUGAUUUUGGUUAUGUUUUCCUGGAAAUUGCUGCUGCAAAUGGUGAUGAUAGUGGUAUUUAUAUGCUGAAAGUAGCUAAUAACCAAGGUGAAGCAAUUUCAUCACAUCAAUUACGUGUUAAUCAAUUUCCAACCAUUGAUACACAAUGUCAACAUCCAAAAACAUUUGAACAAAUACGUUUGAUUGAAAAUCAAAAAUUCAAACGUUCAAUUCCAAAGCAGCCAUCGACGAUGGCCGGUGAACCACCAAAAUUCACCAAACACUUAAACAGUGUUGAUAAUGCAAAUGAAGGUGAUUAUUUACGAUUGGAAACUAGUGUUGAACCAAAAAUGGAUGAAAAACUAUCGAUUGAAUGGUAUAAAAAUGGCCGUUUAUUAACACUUGGUUCCCGAAUAACAUCCAGUUUUGAUUUUGGUUUAGUACAAUUAGAAAUUCGUGAUGCUAAAUAUGAAGAUAAUGGUGUUUAUACUUGUCGUGCUGUGAAUCAAUUUGGUGAAGCAACAAAUUCCUGUACAAUUAAAGUAAUGGAUGGAAAACGUAUUGAAACUGGUUCAUUUUUUCCUGAAACAUUAAAAACAAUUGAACAAUUAGAACAACCAAUGAAAUAUCGAUCAACCGGGCAAUUUGAACUACCACAACAACCAAAACAACAAGGACAACCACCUUAUUUUACAAAUCAUAUACAGAAUAUGGUCGUACCUGAAGGACAAAAUGUUAUAUUUGAAUGUACAGUAAAACAACCGCAACCACAACAACAGGAACCAUUAGAAUUUAAAAUUCUACAUAAUGGCCAAGAAAUUCAAAUUGGAAAUCGAAUUCUCGUUCAAAAUGAAUUUGGUUAUGUUCGUGUUGAAAUAGCCGGUGUUAAACCAGAAGAUUCUGGUAUUUAUACAGUAAAAGUUUCAAACAGUUUUGGUGAAUCAACAUCAACAGCAUCGUUGAAUGUAAUAACAACAACCGAUGUUGAUUAUCAAACAACAUUACAUCCAUCCGGUAUGAAAGGAAUGAAAGCUAUUGAACAAAUGGAAAAACAGCAGCAACAAAAAUAUAAAUCAUUCAUAACAACUAGUACGACUGUUGUACCGGAAUUAUCUACUGCAACACCACCAAAAUUCACCAGAAAAUUACCGAAUGAAAUCCGUAUAAAUGAAGGUAAUGAUUUGGAAUUAAAUUGUGAAUUAUCAUCAGCGGAUAAUAAUCCGAAAAUUGAAUGGUUUCUGAAUGGUUCGCCAUUAAAAUGUUCAUCCAGAAUAAAUCAAAUACAAGAAUUUGGUCGUAUUUGUUUAACUAUUCGAAAAUCUGAACCAAAAGAUUCUGGUUUAUAUAAAUGUCGUGCAACAAAUUUGUAUGGUGAAUCAUAUACAACAACACAGGUUCUAGUACAACCUGAAUCAAUAACAUCUAUUCAAGAAUCAGUGUAUUUUGAACAAACAACAACUAUCGAGGAUGAAGAAAUCAUUGAUAAAUUACCAUCAAUAAUACCAUUAACUGAUACGGAAAUCAGUUUGAAUGAAGGUUCAAAUAUUCAUUUGGAAGUUAAAGUUGAUCCAAUGAAUGAUCAAUCAAUGAAUAUUGAAUGGUAUCAUAAUGAAAUUGAAUUAAAUAUUGGUAAUCAUAUAACAACAUUUCAUGGUUUUGGUUUUGCAAUUUUGGAAAUUAAUGAUAUCAAUACUAAUGAUAGUGGUACAUAUAAAUGUUUGGCGCGAAAUUCAAAAGGAUAUUCACAGCAAACAUUUCAGGUUAAUAUUGUUGAAAGUCAAGAGCAACCGGGACAACCAGGACAACCCGAACAGCAACAACCAGAAAAACCACAAUUUCAAAAACCAAUAAACGAUGAUAUCCAAGUGGUUGAAGGUGAAAGUAUUCAUGUUGCAACAACAGUUAUACCGAAUGAUAUAAACUUGGAAUGGUUUCAUAAUGGUAAACCAUUACAACAAAGUUCCAGGAUUAAAACAACCAAUGAUUUUGGACAGGUUGUAUUGGAAAUAUCAAAAGUUGAACCAAAAGAUUCGGGUGAAUAUUUAUUUGUAGCUACGAAUAAAUUCGGUAUCGAUACAUUUAAAUUCAAUCUGAAUUGUCCUGAAACAACUAAUAUCGAUCAAACCGGGCAGAUGUUUGAUCCAAAAUAUAAAUCAACGUUACAGAUGAAAACAUCACAACAACAACAACAACCACCAAAAUUUAAUCGUAAAUUACCUGAACAAAUUAUUGUUCAAGAAGGACAAUCAAUACAUUUAGAAAGUGAUUAUCAACCAUUUGAUGGUCAAGUGCAGAUUGAAUUUUUGAAAAAUGGAAAACCAUUAAUAUCAAAUGAACGUUUUCAAACAAUAAAUGAAUUUAGUUUUGCUAUUUUGGAUAUUGUUUAUGUUUAUGAAGAAGAUUCUGGCCAGUAUGAAAUACGUGCCAUUAAUCCUUUUGGCAUGGAUUCUAUCAAUACACAGGUUAUUGUUCAAUCAAAAGAUCAGCAACCACCUGGUGAAACAACAACAGUACCUACAAUCAGCUAUAUUGAUCGUAUUGUUUCAGGUCGGACAACAUAUUUACAGCGGGAAAAAGAAACCAUCCGUCGUUAUGAAGCACCAAAAUUUGAACAACCAUUGGAUGAUAAAACCAAUUUGAAUGAAGGUGAUUGUGUACAUAUGGAAACACGUAUACAACCAUCACAAGAUCCAUCAUUAACAAUUGAAUGGUUUAAAGAUAAUCAACCAUUACGUGCAUCAAAUCGUAUACGUACAAUAAAUGAAUUUGGUUUUGUCAUACUGGAAAUUAGUCCCGUUUGUUCGGAAGAUAGUGGUCUUUAUACUGUACGUGCUAUGAAUGAUGUUGGUGAAGCAGUCCUGUCAACCAGAAUAUUCUGUCAUGAUAGUCGUAAUAUUGUAUAUGAAAGUCAAAUUCUACAACAUACAAAACGUAUGGAUCAAUCACAAGUGUUCAAUCAGGACAAACAACAAAAACCAAGAUUUUUAGAUCAAUUAAAUGAUUUGAAUAUGCAAGAACAUGAUUUUAUACAUUUGGAAUCACGUUUAAUACCGAUUGGUGAUCCAACAAUGUCUGUUGAAUGGUUUGUUAAUGGGAAACCAUUUACAACCGGAUCAAGAUUUCGUACUAUUAAUGAUUUUGGUUAUGUUGUACUGGAAAUUAUUGAAGCUUAUGCACGUGAUUCAGGUGUUUAUGAAUGUAUUGCUAAAAAUCAAUUCGGUCAAGAUUCGAUUCAAUGUCAGAUUAAUAUUGAAAAAUCUAAAACAAUUAUUACUGAAACACAAUUACCUGUUGAACAUAGUCAAAUGUUACAAACAUUAGAACAACGUAUUCAAUCAUCAAUGUUAAGACCUGAAGAUCAACAGCAACCAGAAUAUCCAAUACCAAAAUUUUUUCGUAAAAUUGAAUCAACAAUCCAUCGGAAAGAAGGUGAUUCAUUACAUAUUGAUUAUCGUAUUGAACCAUCAAAUGAUCCUGAUUUAUUGAUUGAAUGGUUUUUAGAUGGCCAACCAUUAUUAACUAGUUCACGUAUACAUUCAAUAAAUGAUUUUGGUUUUAUUGUUUUAGAUAUUGAUUGGUUGUUUGAUCGUGAUUCAGGUACAUAUCAAUGUGUUGCUAGUAAUCGAUCCGGUAGUGAUACAUUUGCAUUCAAUUUAAUUGUAAAACCUGAAUCAAAUAUUAUUUAUGAUAGUCAAUUACAACCAACAAUUCAACAAUCACAACAACAAUCACGUGAUCAACAACAACAACAAACACCACAUUUUACAAAAUUAUUACCCGAAAAAUUCAUUAUAAAUGAAGGUGAAAAUAUACAUUUUGAUAGCCGAAUUGAACCAUUUGGUAAUGGUGAAAUGAAAAUUGAAUGGUUACAUAAUCAACAACCAUUACGAUCGGGUCAUCGUCAUAAAACUAUUAAUGAUUUUGGUUAUAUUUCAUUGGAUAUUAUAUCGGCUGAUUUAGAUGAUUCUGGUUGUUAUACUUGUGUAGCCAGAUCACCGUAUGGUGAAGAUCAAAUUAAAUCAAUGGUCGAAGUAAGACCUCGGCCAAAAUUUGAUUUUAAACCACAAAUACCCCGUGAAGUAUUUACUACGUUUGAAAAUAUUGAACAACAACAACAGCGGACACCAUCCGAGUUAAUAACACCGGAUGAUGGCAGUGGUAGACGUGAAAAUUCUGCACCAAUAUUUGUACAAAAACCAGAACCAUUAUGUGUAUUGGAAGGUGAAGUUGCCCGGUUUUGUUGUCGUAUAAUUGGUCAUCCAAAACCAAGAGUAAUAUGGACAUUAAAUGGUAAACCAAUACCGAAUGGUUCACGAUAUAAAAUUCGUUAUGAUGGUAUACAUCAUUUGGAAAUACCAAAAACUAGACAAUAUGAUCAAGGGAAAAUCGAAGUGAUUGCAAAGAAUAAUUUUGGUGAAGUAUCCGCAGCGACAAUGUUAGAAGUACGUCCAAAAAAUGCUGAUUAUCGUGCCAUUCUUAAACAUUCACCAAAAACAAAUUAUGAUGAUAAUGUUGAAAAAUAUCAAAAAUCACGUAAAGAACAUGAAACUGAAAAUAUAUUUGAAGAAAGAUUAAAUGAUAAAAAAGAAGAAAUUGUUUGGUAUACUGAACAAUCAGAAGAUGGUGAAAGGAUUAAAAUCCGUGAACAUUUAGUUGAUUAUGUACCGAUAAAAGCUGAUGCAACAUAUUGUAAAGAUGAAGUUACUUCAUCAACCAAAGAACCAUUGGAAAUUGAAACAAAAAAGAAAUUUAAAAUAAUAUCAUCGCCAAAAACAACUAUUUCUACCCAAUUGGAUACCGAAUCACAAACAUUAAUACAUGGUCAUGAAAUAGUUACAAAAGAACAAAAACAAAUACAAAAAGAAUUACGUGAUCAAAUGGAAAUAACUAGGAAAAUUAAAGAAACAAGUUCAUUGGAUCAAGAACAUAAACUAAUGAUUGCUGAACAUAAAAUUCAACAAAAACCACAAACAAUUAUAAUUGGACCAAGAUUUAUAAAAAAAAUUAAACCAUGUCGUGUUAAUGAACGUAAUGAAGCACGUUUUGAAUGUGAAUAUUCCGGGCGGCCAACACCAACAGUAACAUGGUAUCGUGAAAAUUUUGAAAUACAAAAUUCUGAUGAUUUUAAGAUUAUAACCGAAGAAUUUAAAUCAACAUUAAUUAUACAGGAAGUUUUUGUUGAAGAUUCCGGUAUAUUUAGUAUAUCGAUACAGAAUGAUGGUGGCCAGGCUAAAUGUUCAGCAAAUUUAAUUGUUGAAGAAAUCAGAAAAAAAUCUGAUGAUAUACCACCAAGUUUUACAAAAACAAUACAAUGUAUAAGAACCAGAACUGGUUUGGUUAUAACAUUAGAUUCAAAAAUUAAUGGUUCACAACCAAUGAAUGUAUUUUGGGCUAAAAAUGGACAACGUAUACAAGAAGAUAAAAAACAUCGUAUUGUUGAACAUGAAGAUCAAUAUACAUUAGUAGUAUUGGAUGCAAAUAUCAAUGAUUCUGGUCAAUAUGAAUGUGUUGCAAUGAAUAAUGUUGGUGAAGCACGUUGUUUAGCUGAAGUUAUUGUUGAAGAUUCUGAUGAACAAUCAAUUGAACAACAACAACAACAAUCAUUGGUUGAACCAAAUGUAAUUGAAAAAUUAAAAGAUUUAAUUGUUAAAGAAGGACAAUCAGCUGUAUUCAAAUGUCGUAUUACAUGCGGUACGAAUCAGGAAAUACUGUGGUAUAAAGAUGAUGAAAUUAUUAAACAAUCAAGAUAUUUUCGUAUGACAUCUGAUCGUGAAUAUCAUACAUUACGUAUAUAUGAAGCAUUCACUGAAGAUGAAGGUAUUUAUCGUUGUCAAAUUGGUCGGAUAUCAACAUCGGCUAGAUUAAAAGUUAUUUCCGAUGAAGCGGAAAAACCAAAAUUAUCCGAUCUAAAUGAUAUAACAACCAAAGAAGAUUCACAAUUAUAUGCAACAUGUACGUUAUCUGGUUCACCAACACCAAAAGUAACAUGGUAUAAAGAUGGUCAACAAAUUUAUCAAUCAAGAGAAGUUCAGAUUUUACAAGAUGAUAUAUCAUGUACAUUAAUAAUUGCACAAAUAUGUCCGGAAGAUAAAGGUCAAUAUCGUUGUGUUGCUGAAAAUCAAUUGGGAAAAUGUGAAAAAAAAUUUAAUGUUUUUGUUGAAAGGAAAAAACAACCGGCAAAAGAUAAACCAGAUGAUGAUAUGGAUGCGGAUUUGGAUGAUGGAAUACCCAGAGAAGAUUGUCAGGUUAAAUUUCUCAAACCAUUACGACCAAUAACCAUUAGGAAAAAUGAACCAAUUUUAUUGGAAGCUAUUGUUGAAUCACAACCAGCACCAAAAAUAUAUUGGUUUCAUGAUUGCCGUAAGAUAAAAGAUUCACGUUUUCAUCAUAUCAGCGAACAACGUAAACGUAAUGAUGAUCAAACAAAAAUCCUGACAACAAGUCAAUUAGAAAUUGCAAAAGCACAUCCAAAUGAUUCGGGUAAAUAUACUGUUCGGGCUAUAAAUCGUUGUGGUGUACGUACAUCAUCGGUUAAUGUUAAUAUUUUGGGUGAAAAACCAGAAUUUAUUGAAAAAAUUCCGGUAGAACUUUGUGUAAAAGAAGGCAAUAUAAUAACGAUUCGUUUAAAAGCUAAUGGAAAUCCAAUGCCAACAUUUAAUUGGUAUCAUAAUGGUCAUCUAAUACGUGAUCGUAGAUUUUUUAUUGUAAAAACAUUUGAAGAAAUUGGUUGGACUGAAUUAACAAUAAUGGAAAUAUUUAAAGAUGAUGAAGGUGAAAUUAAAUGUAUUGCUGAAAAUCAAUAUGGCCAAACACAAACAAUUGGACAGAUUAAUGUUGAACAAUUAAGUCCCAAUGAACAACCAAUAGAUGUUUAUGCUGAUCUUGUAGCACCAGAUUUCACCAGAACAUUACGAAAUAAAAUUGUAAAAUUAGGUGAAAAAGAUUUCAUCUAUGAAGUAGAUUAUAUUGGUAAUCCAAAACCAAUUAUAUUCUGGUAUCAUAAUGGUAAAAUUAUUGAUACGGAUAAUGAUGAUUAUCGUGAUUAUUAUCAAAUUAUAAAUGAUGGUUAUAAUUCAAAAUUAAUCAUUUCGAAAAUGAAUGAAGAAGAUAUGGGUGAAUAUCGUGCAAGGAUAUUUUCAUUUUUAGGUGAAGCAAUAUCGAUUGCAGAGAUAAAAUUUCAACCUGAACCUGAUCAGGAUGAAAUUGAAUUUAAAGAAGAAAAAAUUAUUAAAAAAGUAAUUAAAAUAAUUAAACGAAAAUCCAAAGAUGACGUACGACAGCCAUCAACGAUUGUUGAAGAUGAGAAGAAAGAGGUAAAACCUUUGGAAAAACAAUCAUUAACACCACCACCACCACCACCAACCUUUCCUAAAUUAACCCGUGAUGAUGAUGAUGGUAUCCCUGAUGUUGAUGAUAAAAAGUUACUAACCAAAGUAGUAAGUAGUAAAGUUGUUGAUGAUGAUAAAAAGGUAAGUAUUUACGAUGAUAAUGAUGAUGUUGAAAUGAUGAAUAAGUUGAUGAAACGAGAGAAGGACGAUGAAAAAAUUUCCGCACCAAAAAAAUCGAUAUUGAAAAAGAAAACAAUCGAUGAUCAAAUAUCGAUAGUAUCAUUAUCGGAAGAAGAAUCUAUCGAUGAUGGUGGAAAAAAGCGAAGAAAAUUGUAUCAAAGACGAAGAUCACAACGAAAAUCAAAAGAAGAUAAACAACCACAACCAAAACAACAACAAGAAGUUAUUGAGGAAGAAAUUCUGGAACAUUUCCCAAGUCAAGAUGAAAGGCAAAAAUCAACAAAAACUUCUCGGAAAUUAAUUCUAAGACAAAAAUUAAGAAAUCCAAAAGAUCAAUCAGAAGAAAUAACUGAAAAAUUAAUCGACCCUGAUAAUCUUUUGGAAUUUUCUGUUGCACCUGGUCAACCUAAAAUGAUUAUUUUCAAACGGAAAAUGAAAAAAAUUUCUGAUGAAAAUGAAUUCAUCAUUGAUCAACGUGAUAUAACUAGAGAAAUAAUAAAAAUUAUUGAUGAAGAAAUUCAAGAAAUUCCGGAUUCUAGCGAAGAUUCGAUGAAGAAAAAAUAUCUUCUACGUCGAAAACUUAAACUACCUGAUGGCAGUGAACAAAUAAGUGAACAAAUUAUUUCACCAGAAGAUGUGGUUGAGAUAUCCUCACCACCAGGACAAAAACCGAAGGAAAAACCUCGAAUAUUGGUGCGAAAAGCGAUUGAAAUAAAGAAGAAAGAAUUAUCACCCAAGAAACAAGAGAAAUUUCCCGAAAAAAUACAGAAAAUGUUAACGGAAGAAAUUUUUGAAUUUCCCGGUGAUGAAAAAGGAAUGCCAAAAAAAUUAAUUAUAAGAAGGCAAUUGGAAAAUUCUGAUGGAUCUAUGAUUGAACAACAAAUUUCUGGUCAUGAAAUCAAACCUGAAGAUUUCAUCCUUGUAAAAGGAGAAAUUAUCAGUCAGGAGAUUAUCGAAAUACCAGUCGAACCGAGAAAAUUCAUUAUAAAACGCAAAUUACGUCAACCAAAUGGAAAAGAAGUAGUGAUUGAACAACCGUUUGAUGAACGGGAUCAUCUUGUUCGGCCAAGCAUUCAGAUUGAUGAAAUCGAAUCCAGAAGAAUAACCGAACUAAGUGAAAUUGAAAAAGUCAUCGAAUCAGAUGAUAAGAAAGUGGAGAAAUCUUCCCGAAAAGAAAUGAUAAAAAUAUCGGAAGAAUUGAUUGAAGUUCCGUCGGAAAAACCUGAGAAAAAUCAACCAAAAAAAACAAUAAUUAAAAGAAAAUUUCGACAACCAGAUGAUGGUAAAGAAUUUGUUGAACAAAUUGAAAUUGAGAAAUUUCCCCGAAAACCUAGAAAACUUGUUGUACGUAAAUAUCUUAUAGAUGAUAAUGACGAUAAAAAACUUUUAUCCGAAGAAAGAAUAAUUUCCGAAGAAAUUAUUGAAAUUCCCGAGAAAGUUUCUGAGGAAAAAUCUAAAAAAAUACUUAUUCGUCGUAAAUUGAAACCCGAUGUAAUUGAAACAGAAUUUAUUCGUAAAAAAGAUAUUGUUGAAGAAAUUUUCGAUGUAAUCACAGAAGAAUUCGUGGAAUUACCGACAGAUGAUAAGGAGGAAGAAACAAAAAAAUUGAUAAUAAAACGUCGAUUGAAAAAAUCUGAUGGUACUGAAGAAAUUAUGGAACGGCUCGGUGAACCAGAUCAAUUGAUAUUGAUGAAAAAAGAGAAAGAAAUGCUGCCGGAGCCAAUUACCUGUGAACCAGAUCGAUUGGAAGAAAUUACCAAAGAAACAACCGAAGAAAUUGAAGAACCGAAAAAAUUGAGUAAAAAGAUAUUAACAAAACGAAAAGUUAAACGGCAAGAAAUUGUGGAAAAAAUUAUCGAUGUUCCAUCAGUUAUUGAUCAAGAACGUCAACAACAACAAGCUCAGAUAACGGAAGGUGAAAUUAUCUUGGAAGAAUUGAUCGAAGUUUCACCGUUAGAUAUCGGGAAAGAUGAAAUUAAACCAGAGGAAAAAAUUACCGAAACAAUUUCGGAUAAAAAAACUGACGAAGACGAAAUGGAAAAACAAAAAGAUUCAGAAGAAUUUCGGAAAAAGAAAACAUUGAAAAAAUCAAAACCAAAAGAAAUAGUUUCAAAACCAAAAAGCGAACCGAAAGAAUUGGUUCCAGAAAAAAUGAUGAUUGAAGAUAAACCAGAAAAGUUGAAAAAACUUGCAACUUUGAAACAAGAAACUGAAGAUCAAAAGAUUGAAAAACAGUUACAAUUACCGUCGAUUGACAAUGAGAAAAUGGAAAAAUUUCCAGAAGAAAUGAUGAAAGUUACGAUUGAUGAAUUACCGAUAGCAGAUCAAACAGUAAAAAUGAUUGUUGAGCAACAGAUACCUGUCGAUGAUAAUAUUAUUGAAAUUUCAUUCAAAGAACAAGAAAAAGUUGAACCAAAAUUUGAUCGAAAAAUUGAAUCACCAGACAAAAUCGACGAAAUGAUUGCAACUAGCGAAGAAGAACAAAUUUCAAAGAAACCGAAAAAGAUUUUCAUUAAAGGAAAACAAGAAAAACCUACCUAUGUGGAUCAAACAUUCGUAGAUUUAGAUACGGAAAAAGACAAUGUUGAAAUCGUUUGGGAAAAAAUUCAACAAUUACCGUCGGAUAAAACGAAAAAGAUGAUAAAAAUUUGUAAACAGAAGAAACCGGAUGGCAGUGAAGAAAUUGUCGAACAAAUCACCGAAGUGACUGAUGAACAAGAACAAAAACCAAUGAUUAUACGACCCGAAUCACCAAAACAAAAUGUGAUAACUGAAGGUGAAAUUAUUUCCGAAGAAAUUACAGAAAUUUCACCAAAUACAACAACAACAACAGAACAA